AGCCAUCUCAUGAGCCGUCAAGCAGCCUGCAGUGUACAGACUGCAGUAGGGCCAGUGUUGAGCCAUGGUUCUUUUGGCGGACGACUUCGAAGCAGGUGCCGAAGCUUGCAAACGCUUCGAUCAGGAUGGCUUCUGCAUCUUCGAGUCCUUUCUAAGGCCGCUUCACUUGGAGCAGCUGAGGGGCAGCUUUGACGAGCGACUGCGAGAUCUUUUGGCAGACAACCUGGAGGUGGAUCUGGGUGUCAACUGGGCAGCGGACACUGCGGAGCCCUUCCUGCGGACGCUGCAGGAUGAGAGGCUCCUUGACUUCCUGGUGGAGCUUUGCGGCCUGCCGCUGGUCGCCAUGCGCUUGGAGCUCUUUGAGAAGAGGCCGGGCUCCCAGAACGUUAUCCCUUGGCACCAGGACACCUACACAACCCAUGUGGGCUUCUCCUGGACGGCGGAGGCAGCUGAGAGGGCUGAGCGCCCGCAUCCGGUGACGCUGUGGGUGGCACUGGAUGCGGCCUGCAGGGAGACUGGCGGCAUGGAGAUGGUACCCGGCCGGCACAGAGAGCUGCUCGGUGCUGCCGUGCCACUGGCUUCCAUUGCCAAUGCGUCAGCGCAUAGCGAUUGUGUUGAGUACAAACUCCUGCCCGGCCAAGCAGGCGUGCACCACCCGCUGACACCUCACAGAUCCUUAGCAAACACCUCCACCCAGACGAGGAGGGCCUUCUUGGUUCGCUUGGUGCCGUGGUCCCCGACGCUUGAAGAGCGCUGCGAUGCUCUGGGGGAGGUCGGGCAGGAAUGGGUCUCCCAGCCUACUGGCAAAUAUGUUUGGCGGCCGGGGACAUCAGCGGCUGUAGCACCGGACCGUGCGCUGAACCGACUGUUGGUCUUGAUGCCUCGCAGCUGAAGGUCAACGCUCCUGCAGCCCUGAGGGGAUCGUAGCCGGCACGAAAAGGUGUGUCAUCACUCCACCUGGCAAACCAUGUACAGUGCCAGAGGCCGCGAGGUGCA